AUGGAAUGGUUCCCUCAAUGGCUUCUUGAUUUGGCCAAGAAACAUAAUGCAGUGAUCGCAAGCGCCAACUACCGUCUUCUUCCCGAAGCCACGAGUCUCGACAUCUUCGAAGAUGUCGAAGAUUUCUGGACUUGGCUCCACUCCUCGGAAGUUGAAGAGCUGCUGUCGUCAUGUGUAAACCCCACGAAGCUAAACCUUGACCGUAUCAUCACGGCAGGCGAAUCUGCGGGUGGUCUACUUAGCGUAUGCCUAGCCCUGGCUCAUCCGGAUGAAAUCCGAGCGGCAACAGCAAGUUAUCCAUGUCUCGAUAUGGCUUCGGCGCACUACAGUGCCCCAAAUCCGGUGCCACUGACCAAUCCGCCCAUCCCUGAGUCGCUGAUUGACGAAACUCUUGCCCAAGUCAAACCUGGAGCUAUCAGAUCUUCCGCUUUAUUACCCGACCGGUUGGACUUGGGGCUUGCAGCGAUUCACUACGGGCGCCUUACCCAGUUAUAUGAGCGAGGAAUAGGGAGCUCACACCACCGAGAUCUGCGGUACCCCUUAGAGAGACUAGACCAGCUAGAUGCUAAAAUUCCUCGAGGUGGGAUUGCUAUCAUCCAAGGAUUGCAAGAUCACAUCGUGCCCGCCGAAGGCAAUCAGAGAUUUGUUGAAAAGGGACGCGAGGUCAUGAAAGGAAAACCGAGCGCUGAUAAAAUUAUACUGACUCUACGAGAAGGUACCCACGGAUUGGACAUUCCGGCUCGUUUAGAAGAGGGAUGGAUGCAAGAACACCUGGAAGCGGCAGUUGAGGCUUGGCUAAUGUAG